AACAAUUCAUCGGACACUGAAGAUUGCGACGAUUCGGAAAGAUUGGUGAUUGAUCUUGGCGGCUUGGCCGACGCAGACGAUACGAAACAAAACGAAGUCGCCUCACCUAAAAAGACUACUAUCAACACCCAACAACAACAACAACAACAACAUCAGCAGCAGCAACAACAACAACUGCAACAAAAUUUGGAUAGCUCCAUUAACAGCAGCAAGAAUCACGGCGUCGCUUACUUAACUGCAAAGAAAUCGUCAAAAAUGAGUCUAGCGGCUGCUGACCUACAGCGCGGUCAGCUUUUCCGGUCACGAGAUGACGUCAGGGAGCGCGAGUCAGCAGCAGCCGAACAAAUGCAUCAAGAUGAAGAUCAAGAGGAACUCAACUGGCCAGCACAUUUCCUCAACUACGAC